CGCAAUGGUGCAAUAUCAAUAUCACAUUAAAUCUUGAACACACAUAAAAUGGUCGUAACUUUAGAUAUUUUAAAAUGAUUCUGUUGCGACACGUACUGCAAGUAUGCACGCUUGCAUGUAUUCCUAUUGCAAUAGAUGGCCACGUGAUGCUUGCAGUGAACGUGGAUGAUUUCAGAAAUCUAGCUACCCAGUUCUUACCUAAAGAACUCGCCGAUAAACUAACUAAUCUUGUAUCAGAACUCUCCCAUGGGAAAAUAAAAGAAAUCGCAGAUAACAUACAAAGGGAACUGCCAGAAGUACUAACAACUAAAUCUGUAGAGAUUACUGACAAGGAUCCCGUAGAGUCUGAAUGGACUUAUCCAUAUACAGCUAAAACGGUUCCACAUAAAAGAUUCAAUACUGUUAAAAAUUCUGACAGCAAAGAAUUAUUGAGACAAGUAAUUUAUAAUACAGCCGGGCCAGUAUACGUAAGAGAUGAAGUAGAGGAACUAUUAACAAAUAUUAAUAGCGGUGGUAAAGAUUUCUAUCACCCUGAAGAACCAAAUGAAAAAGAACAUAAUAUAGCUCCUAUAGAGGUGACUAAACCAUUAGAAGUCAUUAAGAAUUCAAGAGAAACACCUAAUAAAAUGGAUUACACAGAAACCAAGCUAGGUGAAUGGAAUUACAUGCACGAUAUACCUAAAGAACUACCCGAGAUUAAAAAUAUUAAAAAGGGGAAAGAAGACAAGGAUAUAAAUGAUGAAGAUGAUGAUGCAGAUUAUGAUAAACCAGGCAAGACCCAAGAUGUACAAUAUGUGGAUGAAACUCGAUUAUUAGGACGAAUUAAAAAGAAACCUAGCCAGGACGUAAAAGAACAAGACGACGGAACUCUAUCAAAUCAUAAAGAAGUUAAUAUAGAACCUAAAAAAUCUAAUAAGCUAUUGAAUAAUUUCUCCGAAGAAAGUUCAGCAGUAAAGCAACACGAGUCAAGUGAGAAAGAAACACAUCAAAUACCCCCUCCAAUGUUCAAACAAGAAUUUAUCGUCCAGUCAGAUGAUGACAAUAACGAGGAGCACAAUCGAGAAACGACAAAAAUACCAAAUAAAGAAGGCCACAAAAAGCUAGGUGGCAAGUCUGAUAAUAAUGAGCAGUUAAUAUUAAAGAACAAGAAACGGUAUCUCGAUUUUAAAGUUCCAGAAAAUAGUGAAGAAUAUUCAAAAAGGGUGCCAUUGAAACAAAUUUCUACAAAUCGGGCUCCUCAUUAUUACGAAGAUAAAUCUGACAAUGAUAAAUUAAAACCAGAGGUGUCGACGAUAAAAUACAAAAAUAUUAAACAACCAGUCGAUAAACAUUCUGUCACGCCAACAGAUGAAAGCAAUGAAGGAAGGGAAGAUAUAGGAAAGAAGAAAUCUUUUAAAAUAUCAAAUGAAGAAAAUAACAUGCAUGAAAAAGUGUCUGAAAAUAAAAAGAGCAACAAUGAACAUAACAUUGAUAACUUUGAUGGUCAGAAUAUACAAGAAAACAACCAUAAAACACCUCCACUUUUAAGAAACAAACCACGGUUACAACUUUAUCAUAAAGAUUCAGAAGAAGAUGUAUCAACGAAGAAAGAGAUAAUUGAAGGAUUACGGCCAGAUUCAGGGAAAGGAAAAAUGCAGAGAUUUUCAGACCACGUAGAUUCCUUCACAUUUAAAGAUGACCAAGAUGAAACACAUCAUGAUAACAGAAAAAUAAAACAGAAAGAGAAUCAUGAUAACCUAGGUCUUCUGAAAGACAGGUCUGCUAACAAUGAAGAAACUCUCUCGAGUAAAAGAAAACCUCAGAAGAAAACAGAAGAUAAUGAACAGUAUGAUAAAUUUGAACAUGGACGUGAAACAAAUAAGGGUUACAACGAAAACAGAAAAGAGAAAAAAAAUCAUGAUGAUAUGAAAACAUACGAUGAUAGAAAUAAAUUCAAUCAUCAGGGUAGUACUAAUGACAAGUCUGAGAGCAAUGAAGAUUUUCAGAAAAAGAGAAAAAGGAAACCGCAGAAGAAAAUAGAAGAUAAUGAAAUGCAUGAUAAAUAUGGUCGCGAAACAAAUACGGGUAACACUGAAAACAAAAAACAAAAAGAAAAUCACGAUGAUAUGAAGAAUUACGAUAGUAGAAAUAAAUUCAAUCAUCAGGACAGUAUCAAAGACAUGUCUGCGGAUAGUGGAGAUUUAGAGAAAAAAAGAAAAAAGAAACCUCUGAAGAAAAUAGAAGAACAUGACAUGUAUGAUAAAUUUGAACUUGGUCAUGAAACAAAUAAUGACGAAAAUAACAACAAAGAGAAGUAUCAUGGCGAUACAAAAACAAACAAUGCUAAAAAUAAUUUUAAUGAACAUGGUCAUAACAAAAACAAAUCUACGAGUAAAGGAAUGAAUAAGAGGAGACCUCAAAAGAUAAUAGUAGACGAAAAUGAUAAAUAUGAACCUGAUCACGAAAUAAAUAUUGAUGACAGAAAACAGAAAGAAAAUCGUGAUGACACUGAUGACACAAAAACAGUGGGCGAUAAAAAUAAAUUUAACAAUCAAGGCCAUAAAGAACUUGGCCGUGAAAGAAAUAUAGAUGACAGAAAACACAAAGAAAAUCGUGAUGACGCAAAAACAGUAGGCGAAAAAUUCAACAAUCAAGGUCAUAAUAAAGAACUUAGCCGUGAAAGAAAUAUUGAUGACAGAAAACGGAAAGAACAUCGAGACGACACAGAAGAAGUAGGCGAAAAGAAUAAAUUUAAAAAUCCAGGUCAUAAUAAAGAACUUGGCCGUGAAAGACAUAUCGAUGACCGAAAAAAGAAAGAAAAUCGCGAUGACAAAAAAACAGUAGGCGAAAAAAAUAAAUUCAAAAAUCCAGGUCGUAAUAGAGAUAAAGAUAAGUCGAUGAAUAGUGACGAAAAGUCAAUAAAACAUAAGAAAGGAAACAAAUAUGAUGAAGAUAUUACAACCAAACGUAACAAAAUGAAGAAAGGUCACAUAGAAAAGGAACCAAUUGAAGGUUUCGCUGAUGACCCUCAACCAGAUUUCAAGGAAGUAAGACCAGAAUCAAUAAAAGCCAAAACAGGGAGGUUAGAUGAACCAGAACCAAAAGGAAAAGGUAGAAAAACGACGAAAUUCACAAUGAAAGGUACAAAUUUGCCAAAGAGGGAUUUCUACAAGUUAAGCAGUCCAGAUUACUAUAAAAAUUUGCCACGUAUUGUUGAAAAAUAUGAUUUUGAAGAACCUCUGCCAGAAAGGGACAGAGAAAGGGACAGAGUGGGAUUUUUGAAAAGAGAACCUUCAAGAGUUAAUAAGAAAGUGAAGUUACCUAAGUAUGAAAAAACUUAUAAAUUAUGAAUUAAUGAAUAAAUUGAAAUUAAGUAGUUUAUUAGAUAGAUAGACAUGUGAUGAUCUGGGGGCCGAUUUUUGAUUCUCACUGUCACUAAAAUACCGGUUGAAAACGGUGAAUUGCCUAUUAUUUUCAGUGACAAUUGUCUAUAUUCGAACGCGUGAGACUCAAAAAUCGGCCCCUGAAAUUUAACAAACUAUACUGUGCAUGUGGUAUGCAAAAUUAAAUGUUUGUUAAUGCUGUUUUUAUUUAC